GAAGGGCGAUGAAUGAUGCCGAGAGGCAGAAUGGGGGAUAGGCAGAUAAGCAUUAUCUGUCUAGUGAACCACCUCCGCAGAUUUAUUCUCUCGUAACGGAUGCAUUCUGUCUCUGGAGCAGCUAAUCGUCCUGCGACAUAGCGAGCGUUACUUUUAAGGAUGACUGCGAAAAUACAAUUUGGAAAAUGUGUUCUUUGCGUGGUCGUGUACAUUGUCGUUUGCUUGAUCUUGGUAAAGACCAAAACCAGCUUUUUAACGAGGAGUAAGACAUUUCUGGUACACAAGAGUAAGGGUGAUAAAUGCGGCGGGUCAAUUGUUAACGAAAGUCAAUCGGUAGAUCUUGAGAUCAAACGUGUAGAAUAUGACGAGUUGAAAGACCUGACCGUAGAUUCACAGGUAACGGAUUGCGAAUUAUUUGUAGGCGCGCUUAUUCUGCACUUUAUGUCAUGUGACGCGGAUAAUAAUGUUCAGGAAAAUGCAGUGCUCCUUCAACGAGUUGUCGAGACGUGCUCUAAGUAUAAUUUAAGCAAUCCGAUUGCGAGGAAGCACUUUUUAUACAGUCCAAGACAUCGGGCCCUGUACUGUUGGAUAAGGAAGAGUGCUUCGACAAGCUUUACCAAGAUAUUCUCCGAUAUGAGGAAUCAUCAGGUGACUCACAAUUAUUAUAAGGAAGCGGAAGUACUCGCUCCGGAGACGUCUCAGGUACUAGAGGCUUUAAUCAACGAUGUCAAUGUAUUCAAGUUUUUCGUUGUCAGACAUCCGUUUGAACGACUCGUUUCAUUUUAUAGAGACAGGAUAGAGGAUAAUUCAAAGUAUACGGCUCAGGCGUGGAUAUAUGCUCCGAAAAUUUUCUACCUGACGAGACCUAAUUUAUUUCAUUCGAACAAAACAACAGGUGGUUUGUUGAAAAAGAUAUUCACCAACGACAGAAGAUUAAAAUUAAUUCCCAGUUUCAAGGAAUUCAUUACUUGGCUUUUACGGGAAUCACCUGAGAGGGACGAUCCACAUUGGGCUCUGUAUCAUUCGCAUUGUUCGGUUUGUGAGGCCAAUUUUAACUUUUUAUUGAAAUUAGAGCACAAGGAUCCUAGCGAAAUAAACUACGUUUUUUCCAAAUUGAACUUGAAUCAAAGCGAAACGUAUUUACCCAUUUUGGGACAAACGCGUAAUGGCGUUACCGACUUUACGCGAACUUGUGGAUAUUUCAAAAGCCUAUCGCACGAUAUCGUUUAUAAAUUGUAUGAACGGUAUAAAGUAGAUUUUGAAAUGUUCAAUUACGAUUUCGAUCAAUACGUGGAAUGUGCCAAGACAGACGUCUAAGUGAUACUCUC